AGCUCACCCCAAACCUCAGCGCUUACCCGUCCCACACCGGUGCUGCUUUCCUUCACCCAUUCCACGGACCACAUCAUCAGCUGCCCUUCUCCCCACCAUGGUUACUGCCUGCCGCUUGGUGAGUCUCCUAGUGGUGCUGGUGGCUGCGGCGUGCGCGGUUCACGCACAGGAGCGGAUCAAGAUGUGUGGCAGAGACCUGAUCCGCCUGGCUGUGUCAUACUGUGGGAACCCACGAAACCGGAGGAGCCUCCCAGACGCAGACCUGGACCAACACAAAACCCUCUGGAGCCACGGCUCCUCCAGCGAGGAGCAGCAGACUCCGCAGACUCUCCAUCUUCAGUCUGACGGGGAGAAGCCCCCUCCCCGGACGGCGCCCCGCUGGUUCUCUCGAUCCUUCCGGAUAAGGCGAGCUGCUAAAAAAGUGUCUGACAUUUGUUGUGAGGAAGGCUGCAGCAUGAAAGAGCUGAUUCAGUUUUGUUAACAGUUUUCCAAAAUCCUUUCCUUUCUCUGAGAAAUCACACAAAACCUCCCAACAGUCAUCAUUGUGAUUUUUUUGAUUUAAUCUUCUGUUUGCAUGCAGUCCAAGAGAGAAAACCCUAAUGUGACCAGAAUUCAUUCAGACUAAAAACUAAGACUUUACUUUGUGUGUUGGUUUGAUUCCAUGAUUCCUGAAUGUCCAAUGAAAUGUAAUAAAGUUGAUGAUUACAACAGCA